AUGGCUGCACAACAGCCCAUCGCUACGGUUUAUGUCCGUAAUCUGGAGGAGCGCGUCAAGCCCGAGCCGCUCAAGGAGGCCCUGCGUGCCCUCUUUUCCGAGUAUGGCAACGUGAUUGAUAUCGUGGCCAAGACAAACCUCAAGGCGAAGGGUCAAGCUUUCGUGGUCUUUGACAAGCCCGAGUCUGCGCAGGCUGCCAUUGAGGACAUCCAUGGCUUCGAGCUCUUCGACAAGCCGAUGCAACUCGCCCUAGCGCGCACCCGGAGUGAUGCGACGGUAAUGCAAACGGGCAACGAGGAAGAAUUUGACGCACACAAGCGCCGGCGCAUGGCCGAGAAGGACAAAAAGAAGGCCCUCGAGACCGCCGAAGAGCAGAAGCGUCUCAAACGCCCCAUGCCAGGUGCGGCUGCCGAAGUGGGCGCCCGCCCAGCCAAGAACGCCCGCGGCGCGGGUCUCAAGUCUACCGGAGCCGGCGCUACCGCCGUUGUGCCCGACGAGUACCUGCCACCCAACCGCAUUCUGUUCGUCCAGAACCUACCAGACGAUUUCGACAAGGACGCGCUCAACGCCAUUUUCGGCCGCUUCGAAGGUUUCCGCGAGGUCCGGACGGUGCCUGGCCGCAGCGGAAUCGCUUUCGUCGAAUACGAAGCCGAGGCGGGUGCUAUUACCGCCAAGGAGAACACGGCUGGCAUGCCACUGAAGAACGGCGAAAAGAUGAUGAAGGUGACCUACCAGCGGCAGUAG